AUGGUUUACAGAGAACUUCACGAAGAAAUGGGACACCUAAGCGUAGAACGAGUAUUGGAUCUUGCACGUCAGCGAUUCUUCUGGCCGAACAUGCGAAAGGACAUAGAACAUUUUAUCCAUCACGUCUGCCGAUGUUUAAAGCAAAAACAAUCCAAUCGACAUACAGUUGCACCAUUACAACCAAUUGUUACAACUGCACCGUUCCAAUUAAUCUCGAUUGACUUUGUACAUCUCGAACAGAGUUCCGGUGGUUACCAGUAUAUCUUAGUAGUUGUCGAUCAUUUUACUAAGUAUUCUCAAGCCUACCCUACGAAAAAUAAGAGCGGUGUGACGGCGGCGGAUAGAAUUUUUAAUGAUUUUGGCGUCCCGAAAAAAAUUCAUCACGACAUGGGCGGGGAGUUUGAGAACAAUCUUUUCAAGCGAUUAGAACAAUUAACCGGCGUAAUGCACUAUCGGACUACACCGUACCAUCCUCAAGGUAACGGCAUAGUUGAGCGGAUGAAUCGUACUUUGUUAGGCAUGCUGCGAACAUUACCAGAGUCAUAUAAGUCAAGAUGGAAAGAUCACCUUAAUAAACUCAUUCAUGCGUACAAUUGCACUGUACACGAGUCCACGAACUAUUCACCAUUCUAUCUACUGUUCGGUAGAAGUCCUAGACUACCAAUAGACAACUUGCAUGUUAGGCAAAUUUUUGAUCUAACCGAUCUAGGCAAAAAAAAAGUAAAUUCCCAUUGAGAACUUAUUAAAAUUAGUAAACUUGCAAAAUUUGGUUGCGAAAUGUUGUAAAGCUUGGAAAAUAUAGCCUUGCAAAGUUUGCAUAUUUUCAGUAUAUUUGUAUUACGUGCGGAAAUUGUUACCAUUUUUGAGCCGAAAAUGGUAACAAUUUCCACUCGUAAUACAAAUAUACUGAAAAUAUGCAAACUUUGCAAGGCUAUAUUUUCCAAGCUUUACAACAUUUCGCAGCCAAAUUUUGCACUUUUACUAAUUUCAGUAUGUUCUUUUUAGCUGUGGCGUUUGAUUCCCUUUUCUAUGCUUAGAUUAAAAUUUAGUCUAACAUGCAAGUUGUCCAUUGACUUAAUGUUUGACUUCCCAGAUAAAGCGGAAAGUAAUUCACGAUCAGAUUAUGUGUCGAAGUGGAAAACUGCAAUGACCGAGGCUUACCGAAUAGCUCACGAAGCUACCACGAAAAGUGCCGAAAAAGGAAAGAAGAACUAUGAUCGUCGUAUACGCUAUACGGACUUACAACCAGGAGCUGAUCGUGUUCUUGUUCGAAACCUUUCACCGAGGGGAGGACCGGGGAAACUCCGAGCAUUUUGGGAAGAAGAAGUACACGUAGUCGUUUCACGAAAGGGACCCGAGAGUCCAGUCUACGAGUUAAGACCUGAAACAGGACGGGGACGUAAUCGUGUGCUACAUAGAAACCUUCUCCUUCCAUGCGAACAUCUGCCAUUAGAAAACUGGCACGAAUUAACUCGAAAGACAACGGAAACACAACGAGCUACAAAACGUGUACCUCGCAAUGAGAGUGAAGACGAAAGAUCAAACAGUGAUAGUGAUACCGAGGAUGAAUUUCGAGUUACCGUUCACCAACCGGAGAGAAUGGAAGCUAACCCAGAUACCCCUGAUCCAGUUCAGUUAGAAAUUGACCCUGCAAAUGAGAAUGGUUAUAUUGCGGAAGAUAUCCUGCAAGAUACAGUACAAGAGAACCCAAAAGUGGUUCAUGACGUUCAGGAUCACACAAAUGACACUCAAGCAAAUGUCUCUGAAGAGAAUAUGCAUGGCGAUAGGAAUCCUGAAAACAUAAUACCUGACCCAGAAGUGCAAACUGAUUGUAAUCGUGUGGUGCGCAGAAGACAACCCCUUCAAAGAUUUACAUAUUAUGGUCCUGGAAAUCCAGCAUAUAUCAGUCCGGUUUAUGGGGAAAAAGUUGAGCAGUAUCUACCAGUCGACAACGAUUACACAAACCAACCUUUCCAUCUACCUCACCCUCCACCUCCUGUAUUCCCUCCACCAUACGGAAUACCACCGGUAAUACCCCAAUUCUGGACCCAUCCUAUCCACCUGCACCUGGAACAUUUCCCCCAAUGGACUUAUUAGUAACGACGGGCCUGAACCCAUUCCAGAGGAAGUUAAUUAAGAUAAUUAAUUUUAGAAGAAACGUUACUUAGUCGAAGAAGAAGAAACAGUUCCGCGUAUUCACAAGUCGAGGACGACUCUUUUCGUUAGAGGGGGAGAGUGUACCCUACGGAAUUUAACAUUACGUAAUUAGUAAUAGACCGGAAGUACGUCACAUUGCGUGAUAGAGCAUGCGGUAUUGAGAUUAGGUAGUGUAUUGUGUAGAAAAGACAGAGAUUAAUAGUUGUACGAUUCGAAGUUUAUACCGUUAAAAUGUGAGUUUUAAAUAAUAAUAAAGUUACACACUAAAGUAUAAAGAGUGAAGGUAACACUUGCAAAUAACAAGAGACUAUUUUUAUGAAUGGCCUACCUCCCAGAUAAUGCGGUCGUGCCCUUUUCAGUAAGAUCAUGCAGGAAUUCUCAAAAAAAAUUUGAGAAUUUAAAAUUUUCUUUAGAUCAAAAUAAGCUGAUUUUUUUUGAAAGGAUAAAAUAGAAAAAUAUGACUUGAAACGAUCGCGUAAAAUGUCAGACUUUUAAGCACACACUGAAUAUAUGCGAUUUGAAAUAAAAAAGAAUUCGCAAAUCUAAAAUUCGUAUUUUUAAAUUCUACUUGGGAGCAAAAAUUUCACUGACAAUUAUGCCCGUAUAUUCUAUUGUGUUUCCGUCAUUUUGUAAACACACACACCCAAAAUUUUAGGCACUGAAUAUAUGCAUAAUGUAAAACGUAAUUCAGUUAAUUCACAAGUCAGGUUAUUUCCACCCGUAUAGGCCAGCCUUCUUUUAACGGCAAAAUUCUUUAACGGCAAAAUGCUUUUAAAUUAACGGUAAAAUGCUUUUAACGGUCCUUAUAAUCAGUCUGCCUGAUAGGUAUAGGUGAGUUGAUUAUUGCAGUUGUUGAUUAACUUUAUGCAACAAACAAUUAAGGAGCUAACUACAAUAGAGAUCUCAAAGAAUCGGAUCUCGGGGAAUCGACUUAUGUUGCAGAUAGGCUAUAUAUUUUUUGAAAUAGAGUUAAUCAUUUGAACACCGACCUACACGUAUUGUAUAGCUACCAUAAUAUAUAAUUCACAGGGUCCACAUGGUCCUUGAAAAUCCUGGAAAGUCCUUGAAUUUGUUAAAAAAAUCCAGGCCUGGAAAGUCCUUGGAAAAUAAUAAGUUCCUUGAAAGUCCUGGAAUUUUUUUUCAGUAGGCUGGAAAUAUUUGAAGAAUUAUCACCAGCCCAAGGAUUACUGCCCAAAUGUUUAUUUUAUCCAAUUUCAAUAAAAAAUUAGGUAUAACAAUUGUCCAAAAGUUGUGUUGCGAAGCUGAUUUUCAAAGAUUUUUCCAGUUGCCAGGUCCUUCAAUAUACUGAAAAAGGUCCUUGAAAGUCCUGGAAAAGUCCUUGAAUUUCAUCUUCACUAAAAGGUGGGGACCCUGAAUUCAUAAAUGAUUACUCAUUUAUGUAUAGUAAAUUACGUACUUUAACUUAUUCUUUAACUGUUUUCAGGUUUCCAAUUCUUGACAGUUCUUUAUUUGAUCUGGACCCCUAGCUAUAUAUACUAAAACUUGAAAAACGUUGGACAAAGUCCGCUAGAUUUAUACAACCAGUACGCAAAUUAUUGGUCAGUGAAAACGCCAAAUUCAGGAAGAAGAUACCAUCGGUAGCAAAAAUAGGAAGAAAUUAUUGUGACCUUGUUUUUUAGUUUUUCUUUUUUUUAAAUUUAACUCUCAGUAUGGAGUAAAAAUUGGCUAGCUUCAAAAUAACUCGAGUUAUAAAUUAACUCCCUGAAAUGAACUGUGUAGACGUCUUGAAUAUUGGCUGCUAUAUUUAUUGCACGCGCUUUUAUAUAUAUAUAUAUAUAUAUAUAUAUAUAUAUAUAUAUAUACAGUCAUUGCCAAAAAGGUUGUCCAAAUCAAAUAUAUCUAAAUACCUAAAUAUCGAUCACGUGACAUGUAUUUAUUCGUGGGUAUUCGUGGAGCGUGCGUGGUAAUCGCGUGUUCGAUUAGCGUGGUGAAAUUUUCCACAAUGACAAGGCCUUAUUCGAAUGAUUUACGCUGGAGGAUGAUAUAUCAACGAUAUUUUUAUAAUAGAAGCUAUGAGGACAUAGCUUCACAAUUAUUUGUUUGUACGAAAACGGUCUAUCGGACAGUUAGAUGUUUUGUGUGUAAACACGGGUGAUGUGAAACCCGUCUUGGUAACUUGUGAUAUUUUCAAUAAGUUAGUAUGGCUGGCCAUAACACACAUAUUGUUUCACCGAGCCGGCCUAUGAGCAAUGUUUAAUACGUCCUUACAGUAAAAAAUGUGAUAAUUUUGAAAACUGAUUUCGUUUUCUCCAGAUACAGAGAGUUGCUCUUCAGCAAAACGAGAACCUCAGGCAACAAUUCAAGGCCGAAAUCAGCGUAUUUAGCCCAAACCAACUAGCUUUCGUCGAUGAAACUGGCAUUGUAUGUAGGCUAACAAUAAAUAAUUAUACCUGUCGUUUUACUGUUAAGAACUGACACAUUCCUAUAUUUAUUUAGUUGUACUUUUGUUUAAGGAUAAACGGAUAACUCGACAAUAUGGUUAUAGCGCUCGUGGAACACGUCCCGUCGUCCGUGAUUACAGCUAUUAUUCGGCUAUAUCAGCAAUUUCGAAUGAAGGGCUUAUAGCUAACCAACUGAUGAAAAAUCCUGAGGAAAGAUUUGACGCGAAUUCGUGUAUACAAUUUCUUAAUGAGCAGCUUUUACCGGCAAUGAAUCCGUUCAACGGGGGAAAACCCGCGAUCUGUAUCGUAAUGGUAAGAGUAAUUAAUGCAAAAUUAACCAACUUAAUUGUAUAUAAGUAAAACCAAUAUACUUGUUAUUGUUAUGAGCACAAGUUUUUAAGCCCCUGGGAAUUUUCAACGUAUUGUACAGGGUGUCCCAAAAAAAACGAAAACUAUUGAAAUCAGCAAUAACAAUUUAAUUGUUAGAAUUUGAAUGCCUUAGCGCUCUGUUGGUUCCCUCGAGUGCAUAAAUGAUUGACAUAAGUAAAUUUUAUGCAUAAAGAAACUGUUUAAGAAGCUGUUUUUAAUUCCCAGGAGCAGAAAAUCGCGCACUUUACCAGGAGAUAUUCCUAACUAAAUUCUAAUAGAUGCACCUUGUCAAUAUUUUACGCAUCAUUACGUCCAGCUGUUUGGUCAGUAGGGCAUUCAAAUUUGACAAUAAGUGAUUUCAAUAGUUUUCGGGGGUUUUUUUGGGACACCCUGUACAGGGGGUCUCAAGAAAAACCAAAAUCAUUGAAAUAACGUAUUGUUCGAAUUUCAAUGCCGUAACACAAAGGAUUUUGACAGGGUGAUUAAUUUGUUUUAAAAAAUUAAAAUAUCUUUGUAAAGUGAACCCAAAAUCAUUGAAAUUGACGUAUUGUUCGAUAUUCAAUGCCCUAGCACUAAGUUAAUCCCACGAGUGCAUAAAAGAUUGACAUAACUGCUAUAAUGAAUGGUAAUACUCAGCGUAAACUUGUUAUGUCAGGCAUAAAGUACUAAACCCACGAAUGCAUAUUACGCAUAUUACAAUUUACGAAGCAUUUUAAAUUCCCAUGAGCAAACAAACGUUCACUUUACAAAGAUAUUUUAAUUUUUUAAAACAAAUUAAUCACCCUGUCAAAAUCCUUUGUGUUACGGCAUUGAAAUUCGAACAAUACGUUAUUUCAAUGAUUUUGGGUUUUUUUGAGACACCCUGUAUAUCAAGUCUUUCGUAAUUAGUCAUCUCAUUAGUUCGAUUAUAAUUCUGUUUUACAAUGCACGAACCCGUGAGUUUUGCGUAUUACUUAGGCAUUGAAAUUCUAACAAUAGCUUGAUUUAAAAAGUUCUUGUUUUUUAUGACGUUUCAUAUAUUAUUAGUAAUAUGAAAAUUACUGCAAAAGACAAACUUUAAAGAAAUUAAUAGCAUGCAUGCAUGUGCUUUCUUUCAACAGACAAUCACGCUGUUCCUCAUGUCCAAGAAGUCAUAUAGAACGUGUUUAUGACUAUGGAGCAAUUACAUAGAAGAAGUAUAUUUGCGAAUGUUAAACACUAUUUGCGUCAGAAUCACUUGGUACUACAUUUAUUGCAAGAUCCUAGCCCCCUAAUCUGGAAUGCCGAUACGGACAAAUUACGUCGAAUGACUGUUCGGGAUACAUACAUCACGCUGGCUACAUUUGACUAUCUGAAAUAGUUUGAAAACUUAAUUUAUUUUGUUUUAUAACUUUUUUAAAGUGCAAAACUACAUUUUUAUACAGGAAACGAAUUUGUCAGUGCUACGCAUAUUCUACUCUCCUAUACUCUAUUAUAAGAGUUAUUCUACUGUAGAACACAUUAUGAGGUCUACUUAAUUCGAUCAUUAUAGAGGUUGGUAAUGCAUACAAUUGAGUGCAAGGUUGCAAAGCAAUCCUCAACCUCGUCCCCAGGGCCUAUUGAGGAAGGAGGCGAAGCAGCAAAGGCCCUGGUAAAGGCUGGUCACGUGAUGCUUCAAAUUUUGAAUAUUUCAGAAUAUUUAACUUUUCAAACCGGGGGUGCGGGCCGCUUUGGUUUUAUCAAACAUGGCCGUGCAAAGGGGCGAUAGAAGCUUUUGCGACUGAAACUAUGAUGAUAAACUUUUCAACUGACAGUGGAAAUAAAUAUAUAGUCUGCGAUGUUCUUCAAAAAAAUAUGGAAUAUAAUCAACAGCAAUACUUGUCGAAGAUCAAGAUUCAAAGAGAAGGGUCUAAACACUGACUGGCAACAGUAAAUAUUUCUUUUCAGCUUGGAAGCGUGUUUUAUAAUAUAUGUCGUUUGGGAGUCAAUAACAUACUGUCAGUGAAGAAUUUGAUUUGGGACUUUGAUGUACCUUUAUGAAAAGAUUACUACUGAAUACAAAUGUGCAUGUAAAAUGUGAUUAGAACGUUUUAAUAUGAACAGUUGCACUGUCAUUGACUCAAUAUAUUUUAAUGUGGGACAAACAUUAAAAAAACAUUAAAGUACAUUAAAGGGCUUUUAGCUUGGUUUUCCACUUUUUUGAUACAACUAUAGAAUACCCACAACUUUCACAUCUUACCGCUAUUAAUUCCUUGUAAACAUUGUCAAUUUACUCAAAAUUGAUCUAAUAUGAUUGCCUCAUUCUUCAAAACCCCCCAGUCAAAUUUGAACCAAACUAACAUACUCAUAUGAUUUAAUCUCUAAACUUUACCCUUAAACUAUUUUGAAGGGAUUCUUGUACAUAUUUAUGUGUCAAUGAAUGCGGAAAAAUGGCGAGGUAUUCUAUAAGCAUUCCAGCAUGUGUGCUUUUGAACCUUCACUGUUGAGAGAGCAUGCCAUGGGGUUCCCCAGAUUAUCUGAGCACUUCAACCAGACCAACAGCUGCCAAAUGGCAACUACUAUGCUCAGAGGUGUAACUUAACACUUGCCCAGGGCAAGUGAAUAUCAUGAUGGGCAAGUAAAAGUUCCCUCUUGGUUGCCCGAACGGGAAAGUUGCUUUGCCACAAAAAGCUGGCCAGCUUUCAGUUCAUAUUAUUAUUGUCGGAUAGAAUAAAGGCUGUUCGACGACAUUGGUUCAAGCUAGCAAAUCAUCUGCAUCAAAUUCAUCUAAAUUGUUUGAUUAUAUUAUGCAUUGAUUCUCUUUUUGGUUAUUAAAUGUUUAUUCAUGAUAUGAUAACGAAAUAUGGCAGGACUUAAUUUAUGGCAGGACUUAAUUUGGGACUUUAUUAGUCCUGUUGUCUGUGCCUUCAAUUUCUUAUUGUAAAACUAAUAAAAAAAAUAAAUAAAUAAUGGUGAUUAGUGUUACAUUAAAUAAGUGUACUUGAUUCAAAUUUUGUUUAAUAUGUGAGCCAAAGCUAGAUAUGAGGUAGUCUAGAUCUGAGGCAGUAACAUAGCCAAUGCCACUAGUCCAAUGAGUGGAUAUGUUGCCUCCCUAAUUUAUACUGGCCCGCGUAGGUACCCCAUUGCCUGAUGGCAAGUGGAUUUUAUUCAGGGCAACCAAUUUUCAUGUCCAACUUGCCCUGAGGGCAAGUGGUCAAAAAAGUUAAGUUACACCACUGAUGCUGUAUACAAAUUAUAUACCUGAAAGGUAACUUACAUCAUAUUGUGUCAUUUAAAUACUAAUACUUGUAUUCUCACAGUGUAUUAAGAUAUACAAAUGCACUUGUGAUGCCCAACGAAUUGCCACAAAAAAAACCAUAAACCACAAAUCAGUCAAUUUCAGUAAGUAGGGCACACUGGGGCACAUUGCAGCUCAAUGGGUUAACUAGAGAUAUUGUCAGAUUUUGGUUAAUAACCAUAAUUGCAAGAGGUCAGUACAGUCUGUAACAAUAAGUAAUUCAGGAAUUCACACAAUUCUCAAUAGUUAAAUGAUUAUCGGAUUUCAUGUUAAAUGAUUAUCGGAUAAUGUUGAGCAUCAAGAAUAUAUGUAUAAUAUCCUUCAUACAUCUAUAAUAAUAUUCAGGCUAAAUAUCAUAGUUAUUAUUUUAUGUACAGUACUAUAGUUGUAUCAGGUAUAAAGAUACGAGGUGAAGCCAAGUAUCUUUAGGUCUGAUAAAGCAUACACUGCAAAUGUUUUAAAUUGCUCAACUGAUGGUCACCAACAACAAAUAGUACUUUAUUACAAGGCGGCAAAAUGUAUUUAAAUUAAAAGAGAUGAAUAAUCUUGUCACUUGAUACAUUUGACACCAGGUGUCUUGUAUUUGUCCAUAAGAGACCCCUUGUUAUUGUAUCAUGUUUUGAGAAUGAGUUCAAUUUUGAUAUUUGUUGUUGAUCUGAGCAAAAUAUUGAUUAUUGAUUUGCCUACUGAGGCACACAGUAUUGAACAGUCAAUUGUGGUGAGUGAUGCUGAACUGCCUGUUGUAUGUUGUGAGUGAUUUUGAGCGCCUGUUGUGAUGAGUGACACUGAAUUGCCCCAAUUGUGGCUCAGGAAAAAAUGUACCUGCUGACUUGUCAAAUAAUCUCCUUAAAUAAUGUUCUGGGAAGUAAUUUGUGUAAUUGAUUACAAACAAAAACAAGGGCUUGUUAACAGUAUAAUGAGGAAAUUAAUUCCAUCUCAUUAUAUUAUUCAGCCUUGAUAAAGCAUAUGGAGGCUUUCUGUCUGAUUUGACCCUCAUGCAUGUAAUUGUUUGGGAAUGCCUGAUCAUUAAGAUCACAACAUUUGUUUUGAAGCUUGGCCUUUGAAAUCUAAACCCAAAGCACUAUAUGUGUGUUCACAAUGUUCUUGGGAUAAGAAUGAAAAUCAAAUAAAAUAUUUCAACUCAAUUAAAUUCAGGAAAUGUUAAUUUAACCUGCACGGAGGUCAACCAGGUUAUACUCGAGGCAUAUGGCUAACAUAAGCAUUUAAAUUCCAAGUGCAUACGAUGUUGACAUUCCUUGUUUUUCAGACAUUCUUUGGGUCUUGUACUGACCCUUUAACUGUUUAAUAAAUAUACUGUAUGAUAUUGACAUUUGCAAGAAAGAUCUACUGUAGCAACAAUAACUAUUAAAUGUUUUGAUGAUCAUGGAGUCCAUAUUAUUACAUUAAAGUGAUUUUACAUAUCUGUUUCACAAUCGAGGCAGCAAUUUCCUUGCGACAGUAUUAAAUUCAUAGUAUAAAUGCUUCUAUCGAUCCAUUCGUUUUGCACUGUUGCUUUGUCUAUUUAAUAGAUCUCCUUUACAGUUCAACCAAGGUUCUCAGAGCUAAUUUGAAGACAAUUUCAAAUUUAUUCAAUAUUUUUGGAAGAACUUUAACAGAUUUUUUCAUUUUAAAAUAGAUUUUUGUUCUUUAUUUGUCGAUUUCGGUGUUUAUGCAAUAUUGACGAAUAUAUUGUAGCUAAAGCGAUCCGCGAUCGCACCCCCCUGUAUACUAUUUGCUCCGAUAUAUCACGUGACAAAAUAAUCCACAAUUUGUGGAUUAUUUCACCAGCCUUUACCAGGGCCUUUGCUGCCCUUCGCCUCCUUCCUUAAAAGGCCCUGGGGACGAGGUUGGUACCAUCGUUGUAAAGUUCACAUGUAAGUAUGUACUAUUUAAAACACGAGUAGGAGUGUUUCAUCAGAUAUAAAACGCGAGGCGCAGCCGAGCGUUUUAUAUCUGAUAAAACACGACAACGAGUGUUUUUGAAUAGCUUAAAAUACGACUACAAAAGAAUACUAAUUAGGAUGAACCAUUAUAUAAUCAUACUAACAAUAUAUAAUCAUUAUAUAAUGAUUAUAUAAUCAAUCAUAAUAAUGAUAUAAUCAAUCAUUAUAUAAUCAUUAUAUAAUCAUUAUAUAAUCAUAUAACAGCCAAGACACCAGCAGAGAAAGCUGAACUAUUUAACACGUUUUGCUCUGUUUUUACUUCACCCAGCGCAGUGUCCAGUUUGCCCUCUUCCCCCAUAAGAUCGGAUAUAGAAAUCUCUGAUAUAGAGCUAACAGUGGAAGAAGUGUUAGCUUGUUUGUCUAGUUUAGACACAUCUAAAGCCACCGGUCCUGACGGGAUACCCGCACGCAUCCUAAAGGAAUGUAGCACGGAAAUCGCACCAAGUCUUUGUACUUUGUUCAAUCACUCUCUACGCAUUGGGCGUUUCCCUGCAGAAUGGAAAAAUGCCGACGUAACACCAAUCCAUAAGAAGGAUAAUAAAGAACCUGCUGAAAAUUAA